UGUUCCUGUCUCUGACCCCAGGGGAGGGAAAACGGGAAUAGUGAGAGAUCAAAAAUAAACCUCUUAUGUCAAAGCCGGGAAGGAAGUAUAAAUACGAAGGGCUCAACAGCCCACUCGGUGCUUCCCGAGGAAGGAGGCGACUUGCACGGGACAGCGUGGAGGAGAGCGCUCGCGACCCGGGGCGCCAGCUGCUGGAGCUUUGCUAGGUUGGCUGGCGGGCGCAGGAGGAGCGGGCUGUGCGAACCAGAGGGGCCGCCAGGGGACCGCCGCGCCUGCUGCCGCUGGCCGAGUCGGCCUCCCCAUCUGAUUGACCAUUUUUCCUGGAGAGAGCGGCCCGGCCGCCUUGGGCCACCAGCACCUGCCUGUGCGCGGCUACCUUCUUCCCUCUCCCGCGCUCCGCAGCCCUCUGCCCUCAUGCUCCGCGACCCCGCCGCCGCCCGGUGGCCGCCCCUCCUGCUGCUGCUGCUGCUGUUGCAGCUGCCGCCGCCGCCACUUGUCUGCGGCGCCCCGGCAGAGCCGGGAAGCGGGUCGCAGGCCUCGGAGUUACUGGUGCCCACGCGGUUGCCGGGCAGCACGAGCGAGCUCGCCUUCCACCUGUCCGCCUUCGGCCAGGGCUUCGUGCUGCGCCUGGCGCCUGACGCCAGCUUUUUGGCGCCCGAGUUCAAGAUCGAGCGUCUCGGGGGCUCGGGCGCUGCGACCGGGGGCGAACCAGGGUUGCGCGGUUGCUUCUUCUCUGGCACCGUGAAUGGGGAGCGAGAUUCGCUGGCUGCGGUGAGCCUGUGUCGCGGUCUAAGCGGCUCAUUCUUGCUGGCAGGCGAGGAGUUCACCAUCCAGCCACAAGGCGCUGGGGACUCCCUGGACCAGCCUCACCGCCUGCAGCGCUGGGGACCGGGGCAGCGCCGGGAGGACCCCGGGCUCGCUGCCGCCGAAGUCUUUCCCCUCCCUCAAGGACUCGAGUGGGAGGUGGAGAUGGGUAAGGGACAGGGACCGGACAGAAGUGACAACGAAGAGGACAGGGAGCAGGACAAAGAGGGGUUUCGCAAAGAGACAGAAGACUCCAGCGAACUGCCACCACCCUUAAGAUUCAAAACUAGGAGCAAACGGUUUGUGUCCGAGGCUCGCUUCGUGGAAACACUGCUGGUGGCUGAUGCGUCCAUGGCUUCCUUCUAUGGAACCGACCUGCAGAACCACAUCCUCACAGUGAUGGCAAUGGCAGCCCGAAUCUACAAGCACCCAAGCAUCAGAAACUCCAUCAACCUCGUGGUGGUAAAAGUGCUGAUAGUGGAAGAGGAAGGCUGGGGCCCCGAGGUGUCGGACAACGGUGGGCUCACCUUGCGCAACUUCUGCAGCUGGCAGCGGCGCUUCAACAAGCCCAGCGACCGCCACCCGGAGCAUUAUGACACUGCCAUUCUGUUCACCAGACAGAACUUCUGUGGGAAGGGUGAGCAAUGUGAUACCCUGGGGAUGGCAGACGUCGGCACCAUCUGUGACCCCAACAAGAGCUGCUCCGUGAUCAAGGACGAGGGACUGCAGGCAGCCUACACUCUGGCCCAUGAGCUAGGGCACGUUCUCAGCAUGCCCCACGACGAUUCAAAGCCCUGUGUGAGACUGUUUGGGCCCAUGGGCAAGUACCACAUGAUGGCGCCAUUCUUCAUCCACGUGAACAAGACGCUACCCUGGUCUCCCUGCAGUGCUGUAUACCUCACGGAGCUCCUGGAUGACGGUCACGGAGAUUGUCUCCUCGAUGCCCCCACCUCGGUCCUGCCCCUCCCCACAGGCCUCCCAGGCCACAGCACCCUCUAUGAGCUGGACCAACAGUGCAAGCAGAUCUUUGGGCCCAACUUCCGCCACUGCCCCAACACCUCUGUGGAGGACAUCUGUGUGCAGCUCUGGUGCCGCCAUCGGGAUAGUGAUGAGCCCGUGUGCCACACAAAGAACGGCAGCCUGCUCUGGGCGGAUGGAACACCCUGUGGCCCUGAGCACCUGUGUCUGCAUGGCAGCUGCGUGCUCAAGGAGGAAGUGGAGAACCCCAAGGCCGUGGUAGACGGAGACUGGGGUCCAUGGGGACCCUGGGGAGAAUGUUCUCGCACCUGUGGAGGAGGAAUACAGUUUUCCAACCGUGAGUGCGACAAUCCGGUGCCUCAGAACGGAGGAAGGUUUUGCCUGGGUGAGAGAGUCAAGUACCAGUCCUGCAACACAGAGGAGUGUCCACCAAAUGGCAAAAGCUUCAGGGAGCAGCAGUGCGAGAAAUACAACGCCUACAACCACACUGAUCUGGAUGGGAAUUUCCUGCAGUGGGUCCCCAAAUAUUCAGGAGUGUCCCCCCGGGACCGAUGCAAGCUGUUUUGCAGAGCCCGGGGGAGGAGUGAGUUCAAAGUGUUUGAAGCCAAGGUGAUCGACGGCACUCUGUGUGGGCCGGAUACUCUGUCCAUCUGUGUCCGGGGGCAAUGUGUUAAGGCUGGCUGUGACCAUGUGGUGAACUCACCUAAGAAGCUGGACAAAUGUGGGGUGUGUGGAGGCAAAGGCACUACCUGUAGGAAGGUCUCCGGUUCUUUCACCCCCUACAGUUAUGGCUACAAUGACAUUGUCACCAUCCCAGCUGGCGCCACAAACAUUGAUGUGAAACAACGGAGUCACCCCGGGGUCCGGAAUGACGGCAGCUACCUGGCACUGAAGACAGCCAACGGGCAGUACUUGCUCAAUGGCAACCUGGCCAUCUCUGCCAUAGAGCAGGACAUCUUGAUGAAGGGGACCAUCCUAAAGUACAGUGGUUCCAUGGCUACCCUGGAGAGACUGCAGAGCUUCCAGGCCCUGCCAGAGCCACUCACCGUACAACUCCUGACGGUGUCUGGCGAGGUCUUUCACCCCAAAGUGAAAUACACCUUCUUUGUUCCCAAUGACAUGGACUUCAGCGCACAGAAUAGCAAAGAGAGAGCAACUACCAACAUCAUCCAGUCGCUGCCCCAUGCGGAGUGGGUGCUCGGGGACUGGUCUGAAUGUCCCAGCACUUGUGGAGGUGGCUGGCAUCGGCGGACUGUGGAAUGCAGGGACCCCUCAGGUCAGGCCUCUGACACCUGCGAUGAGGCUCUGAAACCUGAAGAUGCUAAGCCCUGUGGAAGCCAGCCAUGUCCCUUAUGAUCCCCUUGGUGGAAAUGUUGCAGGCUCCUGGACUUGGGCUACGGGGGUGUAUAGACAAGGGUCCCCUCUGAGGUGAUACGACAUAUCAAGAUGGCUUGGCCCUUCCCGGCCUCCUGUUACUACAGCUCUUUGGGUACUGCCUAAUUCAUAAGGGAGAGGAGAAGAGGGUACGAAGGUAACAGAUCCUAAAGUUGACUGUCCGGUGGACUGGAACUUGCUUAGGUUCAAGUAGAGGGUAUAAGUUAAAAGGUAAAAGUGCACUUACUGAUUCAAAUGGGAGACUUCAGAGCCAGCCUUUUUGCAAAGGACUAGCAACGUUAAAUGAAAAAAAGAAGAAUUUGUUUUCUAUUUGGUUUCCUCAAUAAUCAAUCUACCUCACCGUGGGGGGGAAAUCAGUACGUGAGAGGUAUGAGGGCAGACGUUGUAAAUAUCAAAGCAAGCUCUGUGGUUUUCUCCCAGUUGUCUUCAGAAAUGACCAUGAAUAUCUUUCGUGUGUCCCAGCACUCGGGAGGCAGAGGCAGGCGGAUCUCUCUGAGUUCGAGGCCAGCCUGGUCUACAAGAGCUAGUUCCAGGACAGGCACCAAAAACUUCAGAGAAACCCUGUCUCAAAAAUCCAAAAAAAAAAAAAAAAAAUCCAAUGUCUAAAGGGGGGUGGUGUCCAUCACAGGGUUAUGGAGAGCCAAUUGUCCUCAGGCUGCCGCCUGCUGGGGCGGACCCAUUUCAACUAUUUAUGCAAAUAUGUCUCUGAACUAAAGCGUGAUCUUAUGCCAAUGAAAUUGUCUAGUCCAGUUUAUUACUUCUUUGGGAAGGGCAGAGACCCGGCAUCCCAAAGGAAAGGCUAAAACAAGCUUUCCUGGAACACACAUGGGGCAACUAUCAUCUUCCCUGGGUAUCUUCGACUCUCAGUAAGAAGGCAACCGCCUCGGGUUCUCACAAGCUUACUAUACCCAUCUCAUGCAGGCAACUGUUCAUCUGUGUGAGCUACACCAGUGGUUCUCAAACCAGUGCCUUCAGAGGGUUCAAUCCAGCAUGAUGGUGUCUGUGCUUCCUCAACCACCCUGGGAAUAUGAAGGCUGCUGCUUUAGAGACCGCAUUUCAAGAACCCUGCGUUAGAGAAAAUUCCAACCUUUAAGUUAUGGUAGUUUUCAGUCCGUCUGGGAUCCCUAUUUUUUUUCAUUGCUGUUCAUUUUUAUUUUUGUUGUUGUUGUUGUUGUUUGUUUGUUUUUGAGAGAGGUCUCAUGUAGCCCAGACUGGCCUCAAACUCUCAUUGUAGUCAAGGGAGGUCUUGAACUUCUGACCCUCCUGUCUCUACCUUCCCAGGGCUGAAAUUGCAGGGAUGCACCUCCGUGCCUGUUUUCUACUUGUUUUUAUUUAUUUUGAGGUAGGAGCUUGAUAUUCUUGAGAAAGCGUAUCAUUCAGCAAGCUGACCAUCAACCCUCUUAUAUGCUGACCUGCUCAAUUAAGGUAAACACACACACACAAGAGCCUUCUGCCUAGGGACCAUCACUCCAGUGACAUCCGCACCUGCUCAACACCUGACCCCCACCACAUCUCAUCCAUAUCUCACAACUUCUUUAGUCCAACUUCCCAAUGAGAACUUAUUAACCUGGAAUAACAGUGCCAAUCUGCUACCCACUGGAAACCCCGAGAGCCUCUAAAAUCCUGUCUUCAGAGCUCAUUUUUCUCAAGGCUCAGAAAAGCUCCCUGGAUCAAUCUUCCACAUGCGGAACUCAGUCCUUGGUCACAAACAGAUGAGAAGAAAUGGACAUUUAAGGGGGCUGGAGAGAUGGCUCAGCGGUUAAGAGCAUUGACUGCUCUUCCCAAGGUCCUGAGUUCAAUUCCCAGCAACCACAUGGUGGCUCACAACCGUCUGUAAUGAGGUCUGGUGCCCACUUCUGGCCUUCAG